UCCACUUCCAUAAAUAUGGAGCUCUCUACCGGCAUGGAACCAGGAGCCAGUGCGCAGAAAGAAGAGAAGAAGAAAAAGGAGGAGGAAAUGGCAACCAAGCAAGAGGAGCAGCAAACACAGGCGGGGCGCCACCAGGAGGUUGGCCACAAGAGUCUCUUGCAGAGUGAUGCGCUCUACCAGUACAUCUUGGAGACAAGCGUGUACCCAGGAGAGCAUGAAGCCAUGAAAGAGCUCCGUGAGAUUACCGCCAAUCACCCAUGGAACAUUAUGACGACGUCGGCGGAUGAGGGGCAAUUCCUAAGCAUGCUGUUGAAGCUUAUGAACGCCAAGAACACCAUGGAGAUCGGUGUUUACACCGGCUACUCUCUUCUCGCAACCGCACUCGCUCUCCCGGAUGACGGCAAGAUUUUGGCCAUGGACAUCAACCGUGAGAAUUACGAGCUUGGUUUGCCAGUCAUUCAAAAGGCCGGCGUUGCACACAAGAUCGAUUUCCGCGAAGGCCCUGCGCUGCCGCUUCUCGAUCAAUUGAUCGAAGAUAAGAGCAACCAUGGAACAUAUGAUUUCAUCUUCGUGGACGCGGACAAGGACAAUUACCUCAAUUACCACAAGAGGUUGAUUGAUUUGGUGAAGGUGGGAGGAGUAAUUGGCUACGACAACACUCUGUGGAACGGAUCAGUGGUGGCUCCUCCAGAUGCGCCGAUGAGGAAGUACGUGAGAUAUUACAGAGACUUUGUGUUGGAGCUCAACAAGGCAUUGGCUGCCGACCCUCGCAUUGAGAUCUGCCAACUUCCUGUGGGAGAUGGCAUCACCCUCUGCCGUCGCGUCUACUAAGCGACAGGCGACCUCCAUCAAUUGAAACCCUUCUCUAUCGUUGUUGUAUUAUUAUCGUAUCCUUGUUCCCUUGCUCCUAGUAUAUGGUUUUUGCGGCAAUGGCUGCAAAUAACUACUUUGAGUUGGUGGUCUAUCUUAUUCCAUAAGAAUUCUUAAACUUAAUGCAGGAAGAUUCAUAUGAAA